AUGGCGGACGCCUCUUCCUCUUCCUCCGCAUCGGAGAUCACCAUCACGGUCAAGGGCCCAUCCGAGCUCAAGCUCUCGAUCCCCAUCGACCCCUCCAAGACCAUUGGCGACCUCAAGGAGGCCGUCGCCGCCAAGUCGGACGUGCCCAAGGACAGCCAGCGUCUGAUCUACUCUGGCAAGGUGCUCAAGGACGAGGAGACUAUCACGAGCUACAAGAUCCAGAACGGCCACACCAUCCACAUGGUCAAGUCGAACAAGCCGCCUGCCGCCCAGGCCGCCGCUGCCCAGGCGCCCAGGCUGCCCCAGAACAUGGGAACCGGUCUUGCCGCGGGCAAUGUCGUUGACGGUGUCGAGAACUACCACCACGGCAUGGCUGGCUUCAACCCGUUCCAGGGCAUGGGUGUUGGUAACCUCAACGACCCCAACGCUAUGAUGGGCCUCAUGGACAACCCGGACUUUAUGCGACAGAUGAGCGACCUGAUGGCGCGUCCCGAGGUCCUUGACCAGAUCAUCGCCUCCAACCCCCAGCUCCAGGCCAUGGGCCCACAAGUCCGCCAGAUGAUGCAGAGCCCCUUCUUCCGCGAGAUGAUGAGCAACCCAGAGACGCUCCGCCGGAUGAUGCAGAUGCAGCAGGCCAUGGGUGGCCCCGGCGGCAUGGCUGGUAUGGGUGGUAUGGGUGGUAUGGGCGGCAUGGGCGGCUUCCCUGGCAUGUUCGGCGGUGCUGCUCCCGGUGCUGCUGGUGCUGGCGCCGCCGCCGCUCCCGGCGCCGAGACCGGUCCCACCAACCUCUUCGCCCAGGCCGCAGGCGCGACCGGCGCGCCCCCCGCCGCACCCCGUGCCGCCACUGGAGCGACCCCGGCAGCUGGCGACGCCGCAGCUGCCGCGGCCGCCAACCCCUGGGCCUCGAUGUUCGGCGGUGCGGGCGCGGGCGGCGCUGGCGCCGGCGCGUUCCCAUUCGGCAUGGACCCGUCGAUGAUGUUUGGCGGCGGCUCGCCGUUCGGCGGAGCUCCCGCCGCUGCUGCGGCGCCGCGCGACACCCGGCCCCCCGAGGAGAUCUACGCUACGCAGCUGGGCCAGCUGAGCGCCAUGGGCCUGUGGGACUCGGCCAAGAACAUCCGCGCCCUCCGCUCGACGGGCGGAAACGUCGAGGCGGCCAUCGAGCUCCUCUUCUCGGGCCAGCUCGACAACCCCCAGUAG